AUGUCCUUAUUGGACAGCGAUUUUUCUUGUUGCCACAUGUUGGGCAUAUGGGACAACUGUCUGCCAGGGUGUUGCACCUCUUGGCUGUGGCACAGCAAGAGGCUGCUUCAGGCAAAUUUUGCUUUGGCUGCAUCACUUAGUAAGAGAGGGUUUGCAGAUUUGAAUAAGUGGGGAAACGGUGAUUGCAUUGAAUUGAAUUGCAUCAUGGUGCAGACAUGCCAGGUGGUGGGUUGCUUUGCUGCACGUAGACGGUUCGAUGCGAGUGGGCGGGAACAAGCAGGGAGGCUGAAUUUAUUCUUUAUUGGUGUGGGUGGGCGGAGUGGCGUGGUUCCACUUCGUUUCCGACAAAUUUCGUUGGAUUGA